AUGGCCGGUCUUAAGCCCAUUACCGUUUGGGUCCAUGUUGGCGGCCCCAACCCUUACAAAGUCCUCAUCGCGCUCGAGGAGCUCGGCAUUGCCUACGAAAAGAUCGUCGUUGAGAACCCCAAGGACGAGUCUUUCCUGGCCAUCAAUCCCAACGGGCGUCUGCCGGCCAUCAAGGACCCCAACCACGGCGACCUCAUCCUGUGGGAGUCGGGCGCCAUCCUCGAGUACCUUGUCGACACGUACGACAAGGAGGGCAAGUUGACCUUGACGUCCCACGCCGACAAGUGGCACCUGAAGCAGUACCUGCACUUCCAGAUGUCCGGCCAGGGCCCCUAUUACGGCCAGUCAAUCUGGUUCAACAAAUACCACCCGGAAGACGUGCCGAGCGCGAAGAAGCGCUACGAGGAUCAGACGGUGCGCGUCUUUGGCGUCUUGGACAAGAUCCUCGAGGGCAAAAAGUAUCUUGUCGGAGAGAAAUUCACCUACGCCGACCUAGCCUUUAUCCCUUGGGAUAACGCCAUGAAGAACUUCCUGCCCGAGGUCUGGGACAGGAACCAAGUCAAGAGCAAGUAUCCCAACUACGCUGCUUGGCACGCCCGCCUCGUUGAGCGUCCGGCCGUGAAGAAGGUGUACGGCUUAUAG